CUGUGUUCCCUGCCCCCCCCCCCAAAACCAACCCAAUUUUGAUUUCAAAAAAAAAAAGAUGAAGCUGGGGCUUCCUUGAGGGGCUGGGCCAGUUCAAGCCGCUGUAGCUUGACCCAAGAAAUAAAAACAGCUGUGUUCCAAAAGGCACAUCACUUUCCAGUUCACAGAGGCGGAAACUUUCCUGCUGUUUUGAAUACCUACCUCCCUGCAGCAGAGGUGUCCUUUUUACUUUUUAGAAAAAGAACUUAAGUUUAGCGUGCUCUGGGUGCCCAGCCCUAGGCUAGGUGCUUUCAGAUGUAUUUUCUCUUGGAAUUUUCCCACCAACCCUCCCAAAUAGGCACUUGCCCCAUUUCACAAAUGGUGAAACAAACUCGGAGAAGUUCAGAGUCUUACCCAAGGCCACACAGCUGGAAUUAGAACCCAGAUAUCUGGCUCCAAAGCCCGUGAUCUUUCCACUUUGUCAAAGAGUUCUUCAGAUGCCUGCUUUCCCAGCCCUUCACCUGCACCCCGUCCCUCCCAAGGACACAGUCUGUGACUUUCCUCCCAGCAGGUGCCCAGGCGGGCCUGACCCAGGAGAUGACAGCUUACUCUGCUGGCCAAACUAAUUGUCCUUGGGAAUCUCUGCUCCUUCAACAUCCAGCCCAAGGUGCCCUCUCCUUCCCCACUGACUCCACGGCCCCUGCAACAGACCAGCCACAAAGCACAGAGGACACUGCCCUGAUAUCCAGCAGGUUUUGAUGGCCGUACUGCGAGAAGCGCUGCAGCUACUGCAAUUUCAACAAGUACGUCCCCCGCGGCGUGGAGGAGGCUGCCAUGCGGAGCUGUCUGGUGACUGAGGCGCAGACGCUGCUGGGGCUCAGCGGCGUGCGGCGGGUGGACUCUGUGUUCUUUGGUGGGGGCACCCCCAGCCUGGCCAGUCCCAACACUGUGGCUGCUGUCCUGGAGGCAGUGGACCAGGCAGCCCACCUGCCUGCAGACUCCGAAGUCACAUUGGAGGCCAACCCCACUUCGGCCCCAGGCUCUAGGCUGGCAGCUUUUGGAGCAGCAGGGAUCAACAGGUUGUCCAUUGGUCUCCAGUCCCUAGAUGACAAGGAGCUCCAGCUGCUGGGGCGGACACACUCGGCCAGCGAUGCGCUUCAGACACUGGCAGAGGCCCGACGUCUCUUUCCCGGACGUGUAUCUGUGGACCUGAUGUUGGGGCUUCCGGCACAGAAGUCGGGGCCGUGGCUCCGGCAGCUGCAGGAACUGCUGGGCUACUGUGACGACCACAUCUCCCUCUACCAGCUGACCCUGGAGCGGGGCACCGCACUCUUCACCCAGGUGCAGCGGGGCACCCUUCCCGCCCCUGACCCCGAGGUGGCUGCUGAGAUGUAUCAGGAGGGACGGGCGUUGCUCCGGGAGGCAGGCUUCCGCCAGUAUGAGGUCUCCAACUUCGCCCGCAAUGGGGCGCUUAGUACCCACAAUUGGACUUACUGGCAGUGCGGUCAGUACCUUGGCGUUGGGCCCGGGGCCCAUGGGCGAUUUGUGCCCCAGGGGGCCGGGGGCCACACCCGGGAGGCUCGGAUCCAGACCCUGGAGCCCGACAACUGGAUGAAAGAGGUGACGCUGUUUGGCCAUGGCACCCGGAAGCACGUUCCCUUGGGCGAGCUGGAGCUGCUAGAGGAAGUUUUGGCCAUGGGGCUACGUACAGACGUGGGGAUCACUCACCAGCACUGGCAGCGUUUUGCAUCCCAGCUGAGCCUAUGGGACGUGUUUGGAUCAAGCCAGGAGGUGAAGGCCUUGCUGGUACAGGGCCUGUUGCUGCUGGAUCACAGGGGUCUUCGGUGUUCCUGGGAGGGUCUGGCUGUACUAGACUCUCUGUUGCUGACCCUCCUGCCCCGACUCCAAGAGGCCUGGCUGCAGAGAGCCCCCUCCCCUGGGCAAGGGGGAUGACCAGAUGUUUCUGUGAUCCCAGGACAGUGCCAGGUGGGCUCUGGAGGCCGGACUGAUGCUCUCCACUGGCAGGUGCCAUCCCAGCUCCAGUCCGUGCCCUUCCUUGGUAUCCCCAGGGGGUAUGGCUACCAUGAGGCGCGUGAGAGGACAUUGCUGGUUUGCAAAUUGGCAUUGAGUUUGCCUUCCGCUGCCAGAGAAGGAGUAAUGGUUUCUGCAAGUGCCUCUCACUAGUGGGCUCCAAAGGAAAUCCUGGCUGGCAGAAGAUUCUGAGAAAUCUAGCUCUCAGGCUUCUAGCCCCUCCAACAUAGGGCAGGACUUAGAGGGCCCGACCUGUGCGGCUGGACCCGUGCCCAUAUCCAGUACAGACACCUGCUGGACUCUGAGGACAGUGGGAAAGAUCAGAGCAAGCCUUACCCUUUCUCUUUUGGCAACCGGGUUAUGUCUGGGGUCCCAGAGCCACACAGACCCUCCUGCGUCCCCGGCUCCCCUCCCCUCCCCUUCUCUCACGAGAGUGAAGGUCGCAGGGAGCUAAGCAGGGAAAGGGGAGGGGAAAAGAAUUCAGGAAAGACCCAGAGCCUGGUAAUUUUCCCCUGGCCUUUUACCUGCACAAACGAUUGCCUGGUUUUAUUUAAACAGCCCAACAAGCCCAGGGAGGGAGCCCGCCUUGACCUUCGUCAGCUCCUUUUUCUAGGUUCCUUCCCUGGAGAGUAGAAUCCUGAUUUGGGGGCUCGAGGCUUAGUCUAGAGCCGAGAUUCCUUCCCCCACUGUACAUUCCAUUUUAAAAGAUUUCAAACCUACAGGAAAGUUAAAAGGAUAGUUCAAUGUAAACUACAUAGCCUUCGUUGCAGGGUGCCUGUACAGUCUGGAAAGAGGAAGGAUUGAUAAUGUCAUCAAGGACAUCUUCAGCCUGUAAAAAAAUAAAA